GAAUAAUUCCGGGUUAUCGUACCGAUUUUAAAUGAACAAUCCGUCCAAACAUGACGUACAAACCCCCCAUAGUCGAAGAAGACUACUCCGACGCUUCCGAACCUCAAAAGCGCAAGCGCGAUGAAAAAUACCCCGAGCUGGAACCAGUAACUCCUCAACAAGAAUUCGAGACAGAAAAACAGCAGCCACCCAAUAAAGCUACUAAGCUCAAUGAUACGCCUGCCGAUGAGGAUGAGAUUAAUGCAGAAGGCGAGGUAAAUGACGACAAGGAGGAAGAUCUUAGCGAUGUGUACGAAGAGAGCGACGAGGACGUACUGAAGGAAGAAGACAAUAACAAAGAUGACAAAGAAGUAGAUGAGGAGGAGGAAGAGGAGGGGGAGGAAGAAGAAGAAGAAGCAGGAGAGGAAGAAGAGGAAGACACUGACAAGCACAGGGCAAAGGUACAAAAGGCCAUUGAUAAACUGGGCCGAUGCCCCCUUGAUGGCACAAAGAUUGCGCAGAAGCCUCUUACUGCAACGCCAGAGACACUACUGGCGAUGGUUAUUGAUGCCAUGCUGAAGUCGCGCCCGAUCUCGCAUGAUUUGACUCAGCGCACAAUCACCAAGGUCAUUGAUGCUGGGUAUCAUGAUAUCCACAAAUUGGGGGAUAGUACCUGGGAGGAGCGCACGAUGAUUCUCAAGGAUGGAGGAUACAAUCGGUAUAGGGAGCAGGGAGCUACUAAUUUAGGAGAACUGGCAGAAUUAGUCGAGGGCAAAUACGAUGGUGAUCUCAAUAAUCUAUUAGAAGAGGCACAUCACAACCGUGACGAAGUAAGGCAGCUCAUCAAGGAGAUCAAGGGUCUCGGCGACUUAGGCGCCGAUCUAUUUUUCAACAAUGUACAGAGUGUGUGGCCUGAGAUUGCUCCAUUUGUUGACAAACGCAGCCUGAAAACGGCCGAGCAAGUUGGGAUUGGCACCGAUCUGGAUGCCAUCUACGCCGAUCUGAAGCGUGAUGCAAUGAAGAUGAGCAGAUUGGCCAAUGGCUUGUCUGCUGCGAGGUUAGAUAAAAGGCAAGGAGAGCUUCUAAGCGUUUGAUUGCCCCAAAUGAUGUAGUUAUCUCUCGUGUACAUAGGGCAAGCUAAGCCACAACUAAUGUUUUGACUGAAAGAAAUGCACUCAACUAUGC